UCAAAACCAAGUUCCAUCACAGUGAAAAGAAAAAUAACAAAUAUAUUAUCUCGCCCACUAUAAAAUCUGUCAGCUUUUCUCAGUUCUUCCCCAAACUCGAGAGAGAGAGAGAGAGGAAGGAAAGAGAAAGCUCUGGUUGUGUUCUUGGCAUCUUGCUAGCCCGCUGGUGGUUGCUUAUGGCGGAAGGUUCUCUGUGAAUAUAUUUUUUUCUUUUUCUUUACUGGGGAAGAAGGAUUCCUUUUCUUUUAGAUCAGCUGCCGGAAGCUUCAGAGAUUUCGAUUACAGCAUUCGUCUCUAUAACUAAAAAAAUAAAAAUUUGAAAGUUUCGUUUUUUCCCCCAAGAGGAGGAGGAUUUCUCAAUCAAUGAGGUUCCGUGGAGAGAACCCUUUAUAGAGAAGAGUCCUAAAUUCCCCAUCGGUCUAUCUUCACGUAAUCCCUUUUCGUUGUUAAUUAUUACUCUGCAAGCUUCCUGCUCAAUCAAAACUAACGACCUCCCUUCCAUCUUUCUUCUUUCCUUUUCUUUCCCCUAAUUUUAACUAUUUUUUUGGUCCAACUGUUAACGUUCCGGAGUUUGAUUUCGAUAUUGGGUCGGAGCCUGAACUGGGAUAUUCUUCUGAUAAGCUCAUUUGAAGUGGGUCAGUUGGGAUUUGGUCAAAUUCGGCGGGUUUUGGGUGGGGGCGGACGAUUAGGGUUUUCCUUCUAGAGGUGGAUUUUGUUUGUUUUCGGCUCUGGUGGUUGGAUUCGGUUGCCUCUCCUUCGACCUUUGCUUUUCCAGGUGGCUUCGCCGCUGGUUCUGUGUAAAGUCGACAUUUUUCUUUUCCGGGCAAAUUCUCUGGUGGACGGUUGGGCUUCGAAUCGAGCUUAAAGUCUUGCUGAAUCUCAUUGGCGGUUGAUGACAUUUGUGCUUCUAUCGAUUCGAGCGCAGCUGGGUUUCUGCUCUAUUCGGUUGAUUUCAGAGGAUUGAAAGCUUGAUUUGGGUAGAGAGAGAGUCGGGCGAAGAAGAUGAGCUCAAGCAUCACAGAAGCUUUGAUCCAGCAGGGGAAGCUGCUAGUCCACGUAGCAGAGAACGGUCAUUCAUUAGAGCUCGAUUGCGAUGAAACCACCCCAGUUGAAGCAGUUAUGCGGUAUGUUGAAUCUUAUUCUGGGAUCAACUUGAAUGAUCAGCUUGUUCUGUGUUUGGAUAUGAAAUUAGAACCCCAACGGCCGCUCUCUAGUUACAAGCUUCCGGCAAUAGAUCGAGAAGUGUUUAUAUUCAACAAAGCUAGGCUUCAGAACAAUUCCCCACCACCAUCUCCAGAGGAAUUGAAUGUAGUCGAAGUAGCUGAUCCUCCAUUGCCAGCUUCAAGCCACGAGCCUCAUCCUUUGGAUGAUGCCACGGACCCUGCGUUGAAGGCUAUGCCUUCGUACGAGAGGCAGUUUCGGUAUCAUUUCCAUAGGGGUCAUGCGAUCUACAGUAGAACUCAGGUGAGGUUUGAAACUUGUGAGAGGUUAUUGAGGGAGCAGAAGGUGCAGGAGAGGGCGGUGGAGGUUGGGAGGGGUAAUUUGGAUCAGUACUAUAAGGUGAUCAAUCAGAAUUAUACUGAGUUCAUGAAGCGGUAUAAUCAGCAGCACCGGAUUCAUUCGGAGCUCCUAGUGAAUUUCAGUAGGGAUUUGGAGAAGCUGAGAUCUAUCAGGCUUCAUCCGGCUUUGCAGGGGGCUGGUAGGAAGUGCUUGAUGGAUUUUGUUAAGGAAGAGAACUUGAGAAAGGCUGUGGAGAACUGCAGCAACUCUCAUAAGCAGUUUGAAAAGAAGGUUUUGGAGUUUAAGCAGAUGUUUGGUGAAGUGAAGCGCAAGGUGGAGGAAUUGUUUUCUUGGCGGGCUUCUGUACCAAUUAAGAACUUGGAGCUAACGAUCAAAGAGCAUCAGCGAUUCAUCAGUGAACAGAAGAGUAUAAUGCAGUCCUUGAGCAAAGAUGUAAACACGGUAAAAAAACUUGUUGACGACUGUUUAUCCAGCCAAUUAUCUUCCUCCAUCCGUCCUCACGAUGCAGUCUCUGCCUUGGGCCGCAUGUAUGAUGUGCACGACAAGAAUCACCUUCCCAGGAUGGAGACAUGCGGCCGUUCUAUCUGCAAACUCCUAGACUUCUGCAUGGAGAAGAAGAAUGAGAUGAACAUUUUCGUCCAUGAAUACAUGCAGAAGAUAACUUAUGUCUCCUACAUAAUCAAAGAUGCAAAGCUACAAUUUCCUGUAUUCAGAGAGGCAAUGGUACGCCAGGACGAUCUCUUCACCGACCUGAAGCUCGUUCGAGGCAUUGGCCCGGCUUACCGAGCAUGCUUUGCUGAGAUAGUAAGAAGAAAGGCCUCGAUGAAGCUCUACAUGGGCAUGGCGGGACAGCUGGCGGAGAGGCUCGCAACUAAGAGGGAAGCUGAGGUCAGGAGGCGGGAGGAAUUUUUGAAAUUGCAUGGUGUGUACAUACCGAGGGAUGUCUUAGCAUCCAUGGGGUUGUACGAUACUCCUAGUCAGUGUGAUGUCAAUGUUGCUCCUUUUGACACUAAUUUGCUCGAUGUUGAUUUCCCUGACCUGGACCGCUAUGCCCCUGAAUAUUUGGCUGGGAUACCUUUUAAGGUUGAGAAGCAGGGAAGUCUGAGAAGCUCGUUUUCCACUUCAAAUGACAGCUCUCAUUCAGCUGAGACGGAGGAUAUUUAUGUGGAUAAUGUCGAGAAAGCUGAUUCUGAGGAGCUGCUUGAGGGUUGUGAUUUGGUGGAGAUUGCAGGGACAAGCAAAGUGGAAGUCGAAAAUGCAAAGUUGAGAGCUGAACUUGCGUCUAAGAUAGCCCUCAUCUGUUCUCUCAUGCCAGAAGUGGAACUCGAGUGUCUUGAUGAUAGCAAAAUGGAAAGUCUAUUGAAAAAUGCAGCAGAGAAGACAACCGAGGCUUUGCAGCUGAAAGAUGAGUACGGAAAGCAUCUCCAGUCUAUGCUCAAGGAGAAGCAAUUGCAGUGCUUAUCAUAUGAGAAGCGCAUUCAGGAACUUGAGCAGAGAUUGUCUGAUCAAUACAUGCAGGAGCAGAAACUGGUCAAUGAUAAAGAUGUGUCAUCUGAUUCUGCACUUUCAGCUGCGACUACUGGCCAUGACAGGAAACCUGAGAUCUCAAUCCAUGGAGAAACCCAUUUGCCUUACUCAUUGUCUACUUCAGAACCCAUGGACGAGGUCUCUUGUAUCUCUAACUCUCUGGAUACAAAGUUGGGGCGUUUCACUAGGCAGCAUAGUAGGAAAGGUAGGGAAGGGUUGGUUGAUGAUGAACAUAUGAUGGACUCCUCGGGAAUCCUGAACACCCAGUUAGACUCUUCAAUGCCAGAACCACAUAGAGAAGAGCUGCAGGCUAGCGACAGAGAUGGGAAAGACAAGAUGGUGGCGGGGCAACUAGGGAUGUCGAUAACAAAUAGUUGCACGGCUGAGAGCAUGCCCGAGCCUUCAACUGAUCUGCCUUCUGAUGCAGCCAUUGAGCCUAAGAUCACUGGGGGAGAUCUCCUGGAAUUGCAGAGUGAACUUGCAGAGAAAUCAAACAAGUUGAGUGAAACCGAGGCUAAACUCAGAGCUGUACUGGACGAGGUUGCCAUUCUUACCAAGGAGUUGGAAACAAGUCGAAAGCUUCUGAAUGAAUCUCAGAUGAAUUGUGCGCAUCUGGAGAAUUGUCUGCACGACGCCAGAGAAGAGGCCCAAACUCAUCUCUGCGCAGCGGAUAGAAGAGCUUCAGAAUAUAGUGCUCUACGUGCAUCUGCUGUGAAAAUGCGCGGUCUCUUCGAAAGGCUGAGGAGCUGCGUUUACGCUCCUGGUGGAGUUACUACUUUCGCGGACUCCUUGCGUUCUUUAGCUCAAUCUUUGGCCAAUUCGAUUAAUGAGAAUGAAGACGAUGGAACUGGAGAAUUCAGGAAGUGCAUUAGGGUUCUUGCGGAGAAAGUUACUUUCUUGUCAAGACAUCGAGAUGAGCUGCUUGACAAGUACCCUAAGAUAGAAGCUGCCAACGAAAAGCUGUUGAAGGACCUGGAGGAGAAGAAAGAGCUCUGCACCACUCUAUACAAAAAGCAUCAACUCGAGAAGCAGGCGAACAAAGAGAGGAUCUCAUUCUCCCGAUUGGAAGUCCAUGAGAUUGCUGCAUUCGUGCUCAAUGCUGAUCUCCACUACGUCGCGAUCAGCCGCAGCUGCUCUAACUACUAUUUAUCUGCAGAAUCGGUGGCCCUCUUCACGGACCAUCUUCCCACCCUGCCGAGCUUUAUAGUUGGGAAGAUUGUGCAUAUCGAGUGUCAGACCGUGAAGCAACUGCCUGGCGCAGCAGCAGCAGCAGAUCAGGGAAGCACCUCCGACGUCUUAGAGGCUGCUCCUGACCGGAGAUUGACUGUGAACAACUUGGGAUCGACAAAGAACCCUUAUAACCUCCCGAUUGGCUGUGAAUACUUCGUAGUGACGAUAGCUAUGUUACCUGAUACCACCAUUCAUUCUCCAUGAUCGAUCCACCCGGAGUUUACUCUUCAGGCAGACAUGACAUGAUGGAAGAAAAAGUGUAAAUAAGGAAAAGUAAUGAGAAAAAAAAUACCCCAAAAAAAGGAAAAAGGAAGAAAAUGGACUAGGGUUUAUGACCUUGUUCUUUGUACAGCUGACUGAUCCUAUUAUAAGGUUCAUUUAUUAUGAUGUUUGGUUCUGUUCUUUUGUAUAUAAAUUAUAAUGUCGACCUUCUAAAGACGAGCCCUUUAUGUACAAAAACCCCCCAUGAACUGUGAAUAUUAUGAUCAAUCUCUCCACU